UGUGCCACACGGAUGGACCCAUUCCUCUCUGCAAAUUGUCUCCAGAAUAACUACUGGAUAUCGUUGACCGCUGCUGAUCAGGGAGAGAAACAUAUUUUUAAACAUUGUUCCACUUUGCAUCUCUUUUCUGGAAGGGAAACCGGCGCGGCCUGAGACCACACACCUCUUCAACAACUCCCUAAAACUACCUCCACCCAUCCCUCCUCCUCUCUGUCUGUAUCACCUCCUCCUUCUUUUUUCUGCCAGUCUCUGUCUCGCUCUCUCUUUCUCUGUUCUCCACCCCUGUCCCCCCCCUCCCCGACCCUGAUGCCUAAGAACAGCAAAGUGACGCAGCGUGAGCAGAGCCAUGAGCACGUCACAGAGUCGGUGGCUGACCUGCUCGCACACGAGGAGCCGCUCGACUACAAAAACAGUUCCCUGAACGUUGGAGGGGCUGCUGGGAAGAAAGUCCCGCAGAUUGAGGUGCCUGAGAACGACGGACGCCCCGCAUGGAACAGCAAACUGCAGUACAUUCUGGCCCAGGUGGGCUUCUCUGUGGGCCUGGGGAAUGUGUGGAGGUUCCCUUAUCUGUGCCAGAAGAACGGAGGAGGUGCCUAUCUGGUCCCCUACUUCAUCCUCCUCCUCAUAAUUGGCAUCCCUCUCUUCUUCUUGGAGCUCGCUGUGGGUCAGAAGAUCCGACGUGGGAGCAUUGGGGUCUGGAACUACGUGUGCCCAAGUCUCGGUGGAAUCGGAGUGUCCAGUCUGAUGGUGUGUGGCUUUGUGGGGCUCUACUAUAAUGUUAUCAUUGGCUGGAGCAUCUUCUAUUUCUUCCAGUCCUUCCAGUAUCCUCUCCCAUGGAGCGAAUGUCCAAUCAGAAAGAACGGGACACUGGCCAUUGUGGAGCCAGAAUGUGACAAAAGUUCAGCUACUACUUAUUUCUGGUACCGUCAGACUCUGAACACCACCAGCACCAUUGCAGAGAGUGGCGGCCUCAACAUCAAGAUGACGCUGUCUCUGCUGGUGGCCUGGAUCAUCGUGUGCCUUGCUGUUAUCAAAGGAAUCGCCUCCUCUGGGAAGGUGAUGUACUUCAGCUCUCUUUUCCCCUAUGUGGUGCUGUUUUGUUUCCUGGUCCGAGGAUUAAUGUUGAAGGGAUCAGUGGAUGGUAUUGCUCACAUGUUCACACCCAAGUUGGAGAAGAUGCUGGAGCCACAGGUCUGGAGGGAAGCAGCCACCCAGGUGUUCUUCGCCUUGGGUCUGGGCUUUGGAGGGGUCAUCGCCUUCUCCAGUUACAACAAGAUCGAUAACAACUGUCACUUUGAUGCAGUGCUCGUCUCUUUCAUCAACUUCCUCACCUCCAUCCUGGCCACGCUGGUGGUGUUUGCUGUGCUGGGCUUCAAGGCAAACAUUAUGAAUGAAAAGUGUGUUGUAGAAAAUGCAGAGAAAAUCCUGGGAUACCUCAACUCUAAUGUCCUGAGCCAUGAUCUCAUCCCUCCACAUGUGAACUUCUCCCAUCUGACCACAUCAGACUACGCAGAGAUGUACGGGGUUAUCAAGACGGUAAAAGAGGACAACUUUGCUCAGCUGGGUCUGGAGCCUUGUCUGCUGGAGGACGAGCUCAACAAGGCUGUCCAGGGCACCGGUCUGGCCUUUAUUGCCUUCACUGAAGCCAUGACUCAUUUCCCAGCAUCACCUUUCUGGUCUGUCAUGUUCUUCUUCAUGCUCAUCAACCUGGGCUUAGGCAGCAUGAUCGGCACCAUGACAGGCAUCACGACACCUGUGCUUGAUGCAUAUAAGGUGCAGAAGGAGCUUUUCACAGUGGGUUGCUGCAUUGUUGCAUUCCUGUGUGGGCUGUUGUUUGUUCAACGCUCAGGGAACUAUUUUGUCACUAUGUUUGAUGAUUACUCUGCCGGACUGCCCCUGACUGUGGUGGUCAUCCUGGAAAAUUUGUCCGUUGCUUGGGUCUAUGGAACAAAAAGGUUCAUGCAGGAUCUAGAGGACAUGCUGGGUUUCCGACCGUGUAAGAUUUAUUUCUACUUGUGGAAGUACGUCUCCCCUCUGUGUCUAAUUGUGCUCAUCUCAGCCACUGUCAUAGAGAUGGCCAUCAGUCCACCAGGGUACAAUGCCUGGGUCCAAGAGCUGGCUCAGGAGCGUUUCCAGAGUUACCCCCCUUGGGCCCUCGCCAUGUGCUUCGCCCUCAUCAUUGUGGCCAUGCUUCCUCUGCCAAUUGUCUUCAUCGCCCGUCGAUUCAACCUGAUCUCAGACGGCUCCAACAAGCUGUCCGUCUCCUACCGUAAAAGCAUGAUGAAGGACAUCUCUAACCUGGAGGAACAGGACGAGUCCAGAUUCAUCCUCGGCGCUAAGCCUGGCGAUGCGCCAUCAUCAGGUGUGGCACGUAAAUCUUACCUAACACCAGGAGGGAACAAACCCCAACUAGACCCUAACUCCCUGUCACCUAAUAGCUGCUAUGGUACGGGCUACCAGAAUGCCGCCAUCAGCCCCACCACACCAAGUACACCAACCACACCUGUCACACCUGAGUCUGACUCUUGACUGCUUUUCUCACCCUCUUUAACACCCAGCUCUGUAGCACAGUUUACAUUUCAGCCAUUAAGUCUCCACCAGGGGUCACUGCAGUGCAGAGAAUCCCCUCCACUGCUCAUCAAACACCACAAAACUGUAUAUAUUACCAGUCUGAUUGCACUCUUCCCAUUAUAGCACCAUUAACUACU